CGUGUGAAACUUCCCAGCAACUUCACAAUGGCUGCUGCUAUCAAGGCAAUCAACGCCAAGAUCCGCUCCAACUCGGUGCUGGACUAUGUCUGCUCAACCCACUUCUGGGGCCCUGUCUCCAACUUCGGUAUCCCCAUUGCGGCUGUGAUGGACACACAGAAGGACGCUGAGAUCAUCUCCGGCCCUAUGACCGGUGCUCUUGUCAUCUACGCCGCCACCUUCAUGCGCUACUCCCUCGCCGUUACCCCUAAGAACUACCUCCUCUUCGCAUGCCACUUGACCAACUUCGGCGCUCAGACUACCCAGGCAUACCGUUAUCUGAACUACUGGAACUGGGGCGGACGGGAAAAGCAGCUUGCCGAGAAGGCUGCUCAGGGUGGUGCUAAGGCUGCCAGUGCCUAA